GAGAGAGAGAGAGAGAGAGAGUAUAAAGAGCCGAGAUGAGCCGAGGCUGUAGGAGCGAAAAACAAAGAUAGGGCAAAGAUCGGCGCAUUCGCGAUAUUCGUUUGUUACCCGAGAGUAACCCCGUUACACCACGUACACGUACACUCCUGUGAGAUGUGCGUGCGAUAUUCAGCGUAUAUUCAGGCCAAAUGAAAAGAGUACAUGGCAUGGAAGAAGAAGCGCGAAAGAAUAUCGCCCAGGAUUGUCACCCAGCAGUCUGACUGGUCAACAAGGGGGAUUCACAAACCUGAAUGGAUACGUCAGUGUCGUCGCUCCUAAAAACUCGUGGCUUACCUGCGUUAUGGCUCCUCCUGCUGUUAUCGCCCGUUGUUCUCGCCUCCUACAGUAUCGGUGUCGGAAGAGCCGACAGCACAGGACCAACCGCAGAGAUCGUCUUUAUGGGAUAUGCGAAAAUUGAUCAGAAGGGAAGUGGCCUUCAUCUACGGACGUUCUCCAGAGCUUUUAUAAUUGACGAUGGCGUGGAAAGAUUCGUGUUUGUCAGCGUCGAUUGUGGAAUGAUAGGAAACGACAUCCGGCAGGAGGUACUGCGCAAAUUACGGAGCAAAUUUGACGACAUGUACACGGAGAAGAACGUGAUGAUCAGCGGCACGCACACUCACUCGAGCCCCGGUGGUUUCAUGCUGGACAUGCUUUAUGACCUGACCGCGUUUGGUUUUGUCAGGGAGACGUUCGACGCUAUUGUCAAUGGCGUAACAAAGAGCAUCGAACGUGCUCACGACGCUGUUGUGCCUGGGAAAAUCUUCAUUGCUUCUGGUGAAGUUUCAGGCGGCAGUAUUAACAGGAGUCCGCAGGCGUAUCUCAAUAAUCCGAAAUCGGAAAGAGACAAAUACAAGCACGAUGUAGACAAGAUACUGACGCAAAUACAAUUCAUCGGUGCCGACGAUGAGCCCCUGGGUGUUAUAAAUUGGUUUGCCGUGCAUCCAACCAGCAUGAACAAUACCAAUCAUUUGGUUUCCAGUGACAACGUGGGUUACGCCUCGAUCCUGUUUGAAAAAAUGAUGAAUAACGACACCACGGUCGGCAAGGGUCCCUUUGUGGCGGCUUUCGCAUCAACUAAUCUCGGCGAUGUUUCGCCAAACACACGUGGGCCAAAGUGCGAGUUCUCUGGACAAAAUUGCUCCGAACAGUACACGUGUCCCGGGAAAAACGAGAUGUGCUUCGCCUCCGGCCCCGGCAAGGAUAUGUUCGACAGCACUAGUAUUAUCGCUCACGAGCUUUACCAGGAGUCUAAGAGAUUGUGGCAAAACGUAACUCCUAAAGAGAUCGUGGGACCGGUACGGGUGGUUCACCGAUACGUCAAUAUGCCGGAGCAGACUGCAGAGUUCCACAACGCGAGCGCGGGCCAGACGAAAGAGGUUCACGGCUGCGUGCCAGCGAUGGGUUAUAGCUUCGCAGCCGGCACCACCGACGGGCCCGGUUCCUUCGCUUUCGAGCAAGGCACGACAACGUCGAAUCCUCUUUGGAAUACAGUGCGCAACUUGGUGGCCAAGCCGACGAAGGAAGAUAUCGAUUGUCACGGCGCGAAGCCUAUCCUGUUGGCCACCGGUCGGAUGAAGCUCCCUUAUCAGUGGCAGCCAAAGAUCGUUUCGACCCAAGUCGCCGUAAUCGGGAACGUCGUGGUUGCCGGUGUGCCCGGUGAAUUCACGACAAUGUCCGGAAGAAGAUUGCGAGAGGCCAUCAAGAGAGUCAUGAACGAUGCGUCGUCCAACGACGACGACGACGACGACGAAAUCUCCGUAAUAGUCGCGGGACUUUGCAAUACUUACAGCAGUUACAUAACCACGCCCGAGGAGUAUCAGAUACAGAGGUACGAGGGCGCAUCGACGAUAUAUGGCCCGCACACGCUCACAAUCUACCUGAAGCAAUACCAAGAGUUGCUGCAAGCAGCCAUUAACGGAACGGAGCUUCCAUCAGGACCAAAGCCACCGGAGCUCUUGCAGAGCAAGCUGAUCAGCCUUGUGCCGCCUGUGCUGUACGACACCCCGCAGUGGGGGCGCAACUUUGGGGACGUCACCCAGCAGCCGCGACAAGCUGUGUGGCCCGGUGACACGGUUACCGCGACCUUUGUCGCCGGCCAUCCCCGGAAUAACUUAAUGGCAGAUAAUACGUUCCUGACGGUGGAGCGAUUAGGAGACGACGAAGUUUGGAUACCGAUUGCCACAGAUGCCGACUGGGAAACCAAAUUUCAAUGGACGAGGAAUUCCGUAAUAUUGGGAUCUAGUGAGGUGACCGUUACGUGGGAAAUCCCACGGGACACUCCACCGGGCGAAUAUCACAUCAGGCAUAAUGGUUAUUAUCGCUAUAUUCUUGGUGGCGUGUAUCCUUACUACGGUGUCAGCAAUACCUUCCAGGUAGAAGUUCCUGUAGACAAUAUCCGUAGGCGUGAAUAAUCAGCCGGCUGCCGCCCUCGUGCUUUAUUAGUCGAUAAGAAAGUCAUUACGCUUAAUUUGGACGGUACUGCUGUAUAAUCCGUAUAUCCAAGUAAAUAAAUGUAAAUAUUCCGUGAGCGUUUCGUCAAACGGCGAAACGAAACAUGGGACACGCAAAUACGGAACAAUCUACUGUCUGUCUGUAUUGCAUAUUAUUACGUAAUACAUCUCUUGUAUCGCAUAUACAAUAAAUGCGUGCGUGCUCUUUCUUUCCUUUUUUGAGUAAACAUAUUUUGCCGUAGCUAGCGACGGAAUAACACUGUCGAGAGUUUUCUACAAUGUACAUUUUGUACAACGUAUAUUUCUAAAAGCCAUCAUAAUAAUCAAUCGUCGAUCAAAUAUAGCGAUUCCGUCCGUUCUCCGCGGCGCUUCUAUCUACCAUUUUUCAUGAAUGACAAUGCAAAUUUUCUCUUUAUUAGCUGAAACACUUAUAAUUUUAAGGGUAAAAGUAAAUCAUCGAACGUAACGUAAUCUUUGGUUAUAACGACUUAUUUAAGCGUAAAAUGCAAAACAGAAUAUACAUUCGCGACAAUCUGUUGGAAAUUACGACGACGUAACGGGACUUCUGCGGCUCCGUCCAAUCGAAUAGGUUAAUUGGAUACUGCAGGUAGCGAAAUCGGCGGUUUAGCGGCGUCUCCAAUUACGAUCGACGUGAUUACUAGAUUGAGGAACUUAUAAUCCGCUGAAGAGAAUAUCGAUAUAUAACAUGUUGUUCCUCUUAAUUAGGACUCGUAUUUGUCGAUGCGGCUGCGUAACUUUCAAAUUACAUCAAUCGCUAAUUUCAACAAAGGUAAUGUCAUUUAUUACUGAUUGCUGCUCCGUCUACGGUACCUAUCGGUACAAAGAAAGAAAGAAAGCAAAGAAAGAGGCGGAGAAAGGGAAAAUAAAACACGUUUUUAUUGCAUGUAAUCCCCAGUGCAGUGAAAUAAUAAUAUUUUUCAGAUAUUUUUCAGAUUAUGUACUAUAUGUGCCGUGCAAGUGCCCGGAGGCGUAGAACGCGAUAUCGCCGAGAUAAUUCUCUAUCGCGAGAAACGGUCGUGCAUUACGCGACCAGAAUUCUUGCGCCACGUUCAAAUAUAAGUAUCUUUUCAACACUAAUUUCCAUUUUAUUCCAUUAUUAUUAGUUAAACAUCAUCGCGACUCUAUUGCACGGAAUAUCAUAUCAUGCGUAACGAUAAAUUGAGCUGUAACAACUUUUUACACAUCUGUACAGUAACUGUACAGUCACAUAAUGAGAAUGUAAACUGAAACAUUAUAUAAACAUCAGCUUAUCCUCGU